AAGCGAUCGUUUUGUCAACAAAAACUCAGCAGCACAUCCUCAUUUUAGGGAUGUAACGUAAACCUCAUUAAUUACGAAUCGAAUUUUACUAUUAUUCAUUUAUGUCGAUCGAGAAUUUCUUACUUCUUAUGAGGAUUCAGUGAGGGGCUGAUAUUUCACAAUGGCGGAGGAGAAACACACCACACUUUCUGGUGUAAAUGUUGUGCUUGUUAUAGCCUACGGCACCCUGGUUUUUGUGCUGCUCUUCAUCUUUGUGAAAAGGCAGAUUAUGAGAUUCGCUAUGAAGUCUCGCAUAGGACCGCACGUCCCACUGGGUCAUAAUGCCCCUAAGGAGCUGAGAGAAGAGAUUGACUUCCGUUUGUCUAAAGUGAACGACAUUCGCUAUGAGCCACAUCUGCUCUCUGAAGAAGAUGACAGACUGAGGCACCAAGGCCAGACUAGCUGUUAUAACUACCUCUACAGAAUGCAAGCAUUAGAUGCCAUCAGAGACUCUGAUAUUCCAUUCCAUGAGAUGUGUCGCAGUGCCAGCGCUUUAACUGGACGACGCUACAAGAUAUGGCUGAUGGACCUGCGAAACUCUCACUCUCUCUUUAAGUCGAGUCACAGCGCACUCAUAGACCGCUUACUGGAGGGAUACGACAACGCUCGCCACGGAGCCGGGGUGUUCGGUGAGCCAGAAUAUGUCAAGUAUAAGCAAGAUCUGGCGCAGCUGGCCACUAUUGUAAAGACCCACUCCAGCACCACCAGUCUAAACCAGCAGCACCAAUCAGCCGCCAAAGAUCUGACCAGUUCUUCUGGACCCUCGAACGCCUCUACCAUUCAGGUCACAUACCUGCCCUCCACCGGGCAGCGCAGCAAGAGGCCCAAGCACUUCCUGGAACUCAAAAACUUUAAGGACAAUUACAACACCCUAGAGAGCACACUGUAGGGCCUGUUGUGUAAAUAACACAAAACUGUGAAGCAGAAUCAGUCAUCAUUCACUGGAAAGGCAGCGGUGGAAGAACUUUGAUCGACGCAGUGGAUAUGUGCUUUUAAAGGUUUAUAUUGAACCAGGGUGUGUUGGAGAGCUUCAAAGUGCCCCCUUCAGACUGAAUGAUUAUUUCAUUUUUAGUCUUAGUGAUAGUUCACCCAAAAAUUACAGUUAUGUCAUCAUUUACUCUCUUGUCAUUUCAAACCUGUAUGACUUUCUUCCGCAGAACACAAAAGAAGAUUUUUGGAAAAAUUUUGUUGACCGAACAGAGGUGGCAGCCAUUCACUUGCAUUGGUUUUGUGUCCAUACAAUAGAAGUCAAUGGGUGCAACCGCUGUUCGGUUUUCAACAUUCUUCAAAAUAUCUUCUUUUGUGUUCUGCGGAAGAAAGUCAAACGGGUUCGAUAUGACAAGAGGGUGAGUAAAUGAUGACAGAAUUUUUAUUUUUGGGUGAACUAUCCCUUUAAUGUGUUUCUAGUGUACCAGAGCUGUCAUAAAAAGCACUAUUGUCUUAUGUGUAAAGUCAUAGCCAUUAGUAUUCAUUUGAUUACAGUAUGAACUGGUAACAAAAAUGUUGUAUUUGCAUUAAUUAAGCAGAAGUUUUUAUUUUAUUUUUAACUAAAAUAGCGACUGUAACAGCAGUAUACCAAGAGUAACUCAACUUGAGGUUUCUUCAUAUGUGACCUACGCCUUGAGCAAGGCUACCAACAGUUACACAGGCCAUGCAUAAUCAUUCCAAUGGACAAAAAAGAUAGAAAAAUACUGUAUACUGUAAAAAUGUUUGUAUAUAUACAUAUUUAUAUGGAAAGGCAGCGGUGGAAGAACUUUGAUAUUUGUAUGUAUAUGUACAAUAUUGAAACAUAUUUAUAUGUAUAUGUACAUAUUUCUUUUAAGUGCAAUUUCUGAAUCUUUCAUCAGUCCUGGAAAUGUGUACAGUAUAUUUGGAGAAAAGGUAGUUAUGACACUAUGUUGACUUUCUGUUAUAUAAAGUUCUGAUCUACAGAAGUGUCUGUCGGCUCUAUACCUCAAACUGAUCAUUCUUAUUUAAUACUUUCUGUGCAUGUUUCAGUGUAAUGUUUUGCAUUUAUUUAGGCUACUUUUGUCAUCUUCUCAUGUAAUAAUUGCUGUAUAGAACAUUAAGAGCAAUGUCAUUUUACGCAAAUAGUCACCCUCAAAUACAGUAGCUAGACAAAUGAAAGUGUUUAUUGUGAGAGUCUCAUGUAUUUCCACGUGAAAAGACUCCGUUGUUUUCU